GGGAUGAAACUUCCUGUAAGGGAUUCCAUCUUGUAACUGAUGUUUGAAGCCUGCAGUCAUCUUUCUCGGCAGCUCUCUUCAGUUUUUCAGCUCUAGACCACGCAAAAGCACACAAGAAGGACAUUCGUGACUAGGAACUUGAGGACCUAUUAUGGGGCGCAGUUCUGAAACUAAUCCAUUUCGAAGAAGAAUGAGAUGCAGUCGUAUUUUCCGACGGAGAUUUCUCAACUCAACUGACCACAUCAGUGAUACAAUGCAUACUUCAUAUUAUCAGCAGUCAGAUGGGGAGCCAGCAAUGAGUAAUUCUCACAUGCAUACCCAAAGAUACACUCCAUAUGGCAUUCCAUCCCGUCAUCAGAGAGUCAAUGUACAUAAAUGGAACCAAAUGCAUGUUAACAUGGAGGGAGGGUCAAAACCUCCAGAGAGAAAAUUGGAGAAGAACAAACAAGAUGAUACUUCAGAGAACUGGUUCAAGGUCACAAUUCCCUUUGGCAUAAAAUAUGAUAAGAAGUGGCUGCUGAAUUUGAUCCAGAGCCAGUGCAGCAUCCCUUUCACUCCAGUGCAGUUUCACUAUGAAAAGAUGCAGGCCCAUUUUUUUGUUGAUAAUCCCAACGUUGCCUUUAUGCUGAAGGCUAUCAGUGACAAGAUUCGAGAUGAGACUGAUAAUAAGCCUCAGAGUCACAGAACUCCAUCUGUGAUUCUGCAGCUGAAUACAAACCAACAAUGUGCUACUUCUCAGCAAGUUCUUAACCGGCGGAGACUUCCCUUUGACCAAGAUUUGAUGACCCGUCCUACUGACUUGGCACAACUUCCUAGAAGGUAUAUGGCUCCUUCAUUGAGUAUCCAUAAAGAGGAUAUGACCCAGGUGAAUUCUGAAGGGGAGAUGCCCAAGGAGCAAGCCCCGGAUCCAGAAAAGCUAUGUGCAGACCAAAGCUCUCUGAGUACUACCACGCCGGAUAAGUCCAGUAACAUAAAUUCAAUUCUGGAAUUGUUCCCCAAGUUACUAAUCCUGGAUGGGCAGGAAUCACGUAAACCAACUCUCUGUGGCCCUGAAGAUCACAAGACCUUACCAACUUGCAAGGGAAGCUUUUUUGGAUCAGAAUCCAUAAAGACAAUGGUCCUACAGUUCCUGCAGCAGUAUUAUUUCAUCUAUGACAAUGGAGAUCGGCAGGGACUUCUCAAUGCUUAUCAUGCUGAGGCUUGCUUCUCAUUGACCAUCCCUUUCAGUUCCGUUGACUUAUCCAUGAACAGCUUGUGCGAGUACUUCAAGUUUAGCAGAAAUAUGAAGAUUCUCAAGGAUCCUUAUAUGCGGAGGCAGCUGCUGAAGCACAAGAAAUGUGACAUUAUUCACUUCCUUCGUACAUUGCCCAAAACUCAACACGACCUCACCUCCUUCAUGGUGGAUAUAUGUUUGCAGACAGAAACGAUGCUCUGCUUCUCUGUUUGUGGGUUGUUCAAGGAAGUGGACGACAACACUCAAGGGUGUAUGCAUGCCUUCACUCGGAUUUUUGUUGCUACCCGUGGCAACAGUUCAGAACUCUGUAUCAUUAAUGACAAGCUGUCUGUGACUAAUGUCCAUGAGGUUCCCAGUGCCUCCACCCCUGUGGCCACGUCUUCUACCAGUUAUUUGCCUUCCUUCUCUCAAGAUCAACAGGAGAUGGUGCCAACACUCUGUGCCCAGUCUGGGGUGAAUGUUGACAGGUCUCAAAAAUGCCUUCAUGAUGACCAGUGGAAUUACAACAGAGCUAUACAAAGCCUUGCCUUGCUCAAGGUAAAGGACACAAUCUCAGAGGAUAAGUUCACACAGACAGAUCCAAGAUCCUAAGAAGAAAUUCCUAGGUGUCACUAUCUUAUUUCUUCAAACCUCUGCUGAGAUUUUGUUCUAAUAGAAACAUGUAAACAAACUGUGAUGUCUAGUUUCAUCCUGGAAGCCAAAGCCUAUCUGGUAGAGACCCAAAUUGAUCUGUGUAUUUGUCACAUAUUUAAGGAUCCAUGCUUCUAUAUUUUCUUUUAUUAUAAGUUUUAUUAUUUUUGUUGAGCAUUCCCCAUUUUUAUAAUAUAUUCUGGUCACUCUCACCCCUCACCCUGUCACAUAUCCUUUCUACCCUGUUCACCCUCCCUCUUCCUUAUAAGUCCUUGUCUCAUACUUGUAUUGUUUUGCAUUUUGACCCACUGAGGAUAAACAGGGCCACCUAUGUGACCAUGUGUUUGGAACUAUCCAUUGAGGUACCUGUGGGUACAUAAUUAAAGAUAGUGACUAUCUUUCCCCUAGAAUCCUUCAGUAGCCAAUACUUUAGCAGAGAGGGAUAGAACCCUCACUCUGUGGUUGACUAAUGAAAGCCUUAGUCUUGUGCCGGCCCAGUGGAGGCAAUCUCACUUGCUGUAAGAUUGCAAUAAUUGUAUCAUGCUCAGAAGAUACUAUUGAUGUUGCUGGUUAUGUUAAAUCCCCUCAACAUCCACUGGAGGAAGCUUGUAUUAUGAAAAUGAGUUCUCCAAGGUAGGACUGCUGUACAUACUAAAGUCUUAGACUCAACCAUAGGGUACAGUCCUGCUACUGUAGGCUGUAUAGUUUCAUAUAUUGAACAUCCUUUCUACCCCUGUUAAAACUGAGUCCUAUGUGCCUAAAGUAUUAAUCAAGUAUUUCAUGCAGAUAAUAUUAUUUUAUUAGCUGUAAACAUUUAUUCACAAUUAAAAGUAGCAUAAUUGGUAGGAGAUAUUAUUAAAGGACACAUAAAAGCCUCUGACAAAAGACAGUCCCCAUAUAUAUGAUUGUCUUACUAUAGCAAUCCUUGGUAUGAACAAAUAAGAGUAAGGAAACUGUUACUGACUUUGUAUUUAUAUUGAAAGCAGUAAUAUCCAGGAAACUUAGGAAAAUAUGUUCAAAUAAAAGUACAAAAGUUGCCACAAACAUUGAGAUAAUUUAGAAAAGAAAAAUAAAGAUAUUACUUUAAGAAAAAGGAA